AUUUCACACAAUGCUGUAACAUAUAAAUACAAACCAACCUUUCAACUCCAAGCCUCUCGCUUGAGGAAAGGUAUCUCCAUCUUGUCCCAUCUUCAUACAUGUCAUUAUCUUUUAUAACAAGAAUUUAGAACUUCCACAUAAAGAUUGUCUCUUUUUUGAGGUGAAAUGGGGAAGAUUUUGGUUUUGUGGGGAUUAGUUUUUGUUGGGGUUCUUGGAGUGAGCAAAGGGUAUGAGUAUGAUGAGUAUUUGAAUGGAACUGAGGAGGUUUUUGCUCAGGAUUCUGGGUUUGGAGUGUCUGCUAAGAAUAAUCCUCUUACUGUUGGACUCACUGUCAUUCAUGGAGCUGCUGCUCAACGGGCUGUAUGUUUAGAUGGAACUUUACCUGGUUAUCAUUUGCAUCGUGGGUAUGGUUCAGGAGCAAACAGUUGGCUCAUUCAACUAGAGGGAGGGGGUUGGUGUGACACUGUUAGAUCUUGUGUUUACCGUAAGAAGACAAGGCGUGGAUCAUUAAAUCAUAUGGAAAAAGAAGUGGUAUUUGCAGGUAUCCUUAGCAAUAAGGUGGAACUAAAUCCAGAUUUUUUCAAUUGGAAUAGAGUAAAGCUACGUUAUUGUGAUGGUGCCUCUUUUGCUGGAGAUGGUGAAAAUAAGGCUGCUGGACUGCAUUUCAGAGGUCAACGAAUAUGGUGGGCUGCUAUGCGAGAUUUAAAAGCAAAGGGGAUGGGUCACGCAAAGCAGGCACUUCUUUCUGGAUGCUCUGCUGGAGGUCUAGCUUCUAUUCUGAAGUGUGAUGAAUUCCGCGAGUUGUUCCCGAGCAGUACCAAAGUAAAAUGCCUAAGUGAUGGUGGAUUAUUCUUGGAUGCGGUUGAUGUUGCUGGCGGCCACACUCUUAGAAAUCUUUUUCAUGGUGUAGUUAAGUUACAGGGAGUGCACAGGAACUUGCCUCGUACUUGCACUAACCACCUUGAUCCAACUUCAUGCUUCUUCCCUCAAAACUUGAUUUCCAGCAUAAAAACUCCACUUUUUCUUCUCAAUGCAGCUUAUGAUUCAUGGCAGGUUACAGCCAGCUUAGCUCCUCCUGCGGCUGAUCCUCAUCACUAUUGGGGUGCAUGCAAAAUGAAUCAUGCCCAUUGUUCAACAUCGCAAAUCCAAUUUCUACAGAGGUUCAGAGAUUAUAUGGUGCAUGUGGUAAAAGGUUUCGCAAAUUCCCCAAAGAAUGGUGUAUUUUUGAAUUCAUGUUUUGCUCAUUGCCAAUCUGAGAGGCAGGAUACAUGGUUUUCAGAUAAUUCGCCCCUUAUUGGCAACAAGGGCAUUGCACUCGCUGUUGGAGAUUGGUAUUUUGAUCGAGCUGGAUGCAAGGCGAUUGACUGUGCUUACCCCUGCGACAAAACUUGCCACAACCUGGUAUUUAGAUGAGCUGGUGACAUAUAUUUUAAUUUUUCUGCUAAUCGACUAGUUCUACAUUAGUAACCUCAAUGCAUUGAGUUUUCUUGAUAUGUUCUUCUCUAGCAAUACUAUUAUUAACAGUGACAACAAAACAUAAUUUGUUGUAUAGAAAUGUAAGUUAUCCGCUUCUACACGAAGAGAUGUUACUUGAGUGACUUUUGAUUCA